UCUCAGAGGAAGGACAGCCCUGAAGCCACAGCAAAGCCAGCCCCGCAGCCACUGUCCCACCAGCCUCCUCACAGCUCCCUAACAGCCCAGACCUGCAGGACCUCCGGGACAGAGGUGCUCCAGAGGGAAAUUCAGACCCUAAGCUCUCAAACUGCUGUACCUUCUCACCGGGGAACAGACUGCUUUGAAGGUCUCCUUUCUCUUCCAACCUCAUCGGCUUCCCAAAAGGCCUUUGCUGGUCCUCAUGUCAGUCAAACCCAGCUUGGGGCCCGGCCCCUUGACAGGGCCCACUGUGGUACCUGACAAUUACUUUAGAGAGAUCCACAACUGGACAGAACUGCUCUACCUCUUCAACCACACCAUGUCUCAGUGCUAUGUGGAGCUCAAUGAGGACACCAAGCGAGUGGUCCUCUUUGUCCUGUACCUGGCCAUGUUUGUGGUCGGGCUGGUGGAGAACCUCCUGGUGAUCUAUGUCAACUGGCGCCGCUCAGGUCGCGUGGGGCUGCUGAACCUCUAUGUCCUCAACAUGGCCAUAGCAGACCUGGGCGUCAUCCUGUCCCUGCCCGUGUGGAUGCUGGAGGUCACGCUACACUACACCUGGCUCUGGGGUAACUUCUCCUGCCGCUUCACUCAUUACUUCUACUUUGCCAACAUGUACAGCAGCAUAUUCUUCCUGGCGUGCCUCAGUGUCGACCGCUACGUCACACUCGCCAGCACCUCUCCUUUCUGGCAGCACAACCAGCACCGAGUGCGGCGGGCCGUGUGUGCAGUGGUCUGGGUCUUCUCCGCCAUCAUCCCACUGCCUGAGGUGGUCCACAUGCAGUUGGUGGGUGAAAUUGAGCCCAUGUGCCUUUUCACGGCACCUUUUGAAACAUUCAGCACAUGGGCCCUGACUGUGGCCCUGUCCACUACUGUACUGGGCUUCCUGCUGCCCUUCCCUCUCAUCGUGGUCUUCAAUGUGCUCACAGCCCGCUGGCUUCAGAAGCAAGGACGGCCAGAGGGCUGGCGCCACCGCCGACUGGUGUGUGCCUACAUAGCUGUCUUUGUCAUCUGCUGGGUUCCCUACCAUAUAAUUCUGCUGCUCGUCAGUCUGCAGGGGACCCAUAUCUCCCUCCACUGCUACCUGGUCCAGCUGCUCUACUUCUUCUCUGAUGUCAUCGACUGCUUCUCCAUGCUGCACUGUGUCGCCAACCCCAUCCUUUACAACUUUCUCAGCCCAAGUUUCCGUGGUCGGCUGCUGAACGCUGUGGUCCAUUACCUGCCAAAGGAUCAGGCCAGGGCAGGUGCCCGGGCUUCCUCUUCCUCCUCUUCCACACAGCACUCCAUCAUCAUCACCAAGGAGGGCAGCCUGCCGCUGCAGCAGGCCCCAUCCCAACGCGAGCCUGAACUUCCAGCGCCUUCUUUGCCUCAAAAUACCUCCUCUCCACUCUGCAAUGUCAUAAGCCAGCUCUCCACCAGAAAACACAGUGCUUCACCAUGAAUUAACAGCAAUGGCAAGCCAAUGUGUCUGGCCAAGUCCCUAAGUAAUGCUGGUCCAGCUGGUUAUCUGCAGAGGCCCAGAGCUCUCUCUGGGCUGAUGGCAGAUGCUCUCAGAGAUGUACACCGGAAAAUGUUGAGUCUUUGACUUAAUUUCCCGCUCAAACAAGUCAACACGCUAAUCUUGGGGAAUUCCAGCUAUGGGAAAGAAAAACAGGCUACAUGAAAGAAUUCUGACAUCUGCAGGACCAGGUGCAGAAAGGGUGAUGAGCUCAGACAUCUGGAGCUCGUGAUCUGAGCGUGUUCGCAGGACACAGGAAAAGAACUCCCAUUUCAAAUUUCUUUUUUUUUUUUAUUAUUCUAAAUAAAAACCACACUUUGUGCUGAA